AUGUCCACCCAGCGAAUCUCAUACACUGUCAAGGGCGAGGUGCAGGGUGUCAACUUCAGGAACUUCACCCAGAAGCAGGCCAAGAGCAUUGGCGUCACUGGCUACGUGACGAAUGCCUCUGACGGUUCGGUCCAAGGCGAGGCUCAGGGCAGCGAGGACGCCAUCAAGGAGUUUGUCCAGCACCUGAACAAGGGUCCAUCAGCGGCGAGUGUCUCUGGCGUCAAGCACGACGACAUCUCGACAAAGUCUGGAGAGAGCGGGUUCAAUGUCAAGUGA